GAACCUCGAGCAUCACACAUCUGCCUCUCUGAGCCGCAGCAGCCGAAGGAGUAAACCGCAUCACUUUCUCCAUCAUUCAAGUGCGGAUGUCUCUUUAAGCAGCGACGUACAUUUCAGCCGAUCAGAAGGAGCCGCUCAUCUCCACCAAGUGUGUUUGGAUGCCCGGGGUAACUUGCGCUUUGUGGUGAUGCCGCGUCCUUCCCAAAGAUGCCCGGGCUCUCCUCCGCGCUGCACGGGCAACACUGGAUAUAAAUGACCGAUCCAAGCGUGUGUGUGACUUCAGUGGACCGAACCACAGGCUGCAUGGGAGAUGAACGCAGCCAAACAUCCCCCUGAUCUUUUAGAGAGACCCGCCAGCCUUCUCGUACCGACAUGGACAAAAACGGGACUUGCUCUUUUGUUUGAUGAACACACCAGUAACGCCUAUGAUGUUCGUUUAAAGUUAACAAAAGAGUUAUUGAUCAUACAGAAGCAGGACGUGCUUUGUGUUGGUGGUGCUGAAUCACACUUAAAUCACAGAACCGUUGUACUUCGAAGGCAGCUGACUGGAGGUCUGGGCUUGAGUAUCAAAGGGGGAGCCGAACAUAAAGUGCCUGUGGUCAUCUCAAAGAUUUUCAAAGAUCAAGUAGCCGAUCAGACUGGGAUGCUGUUCAUCGGUGAUGCUGUGCUGCAGGUCAAUGGGAUAAAUGUGGAGAAAUGCACCCAUGAGGAAGUCGUUCAUCUUCUGAGAACGGCUGGAGAUGAAGUCACCAUCACUGUUCGCUACCUCAGGGAAGCGCCGGCCUUUUUAAAGCUCCCUUUAGGUUCACCCGGACCCUCCAGUGAUCAGAGCAGCAGGGCGUCCUCGCCGCUUUUCGACAGCGGACUGCAUUUGAAUGGCAACUCCAGCAACACGGCCCCGUCGUCGCCCUGUUCACCUUCGGAUAAUGAACCAAAGUAUGAGAAGCGCUGGCUGGAUGCCGUCAACCUCCCUCUGUUCAUGGCCCGAAUCUCCAGGCGCAAAGCCGGAAGCGACAAAUUACGAUCGAGCAGUUUUGAGGUCAUUGCUUUAGAUGGAGUUUGUACACACAUUCUGCAGUUUUGCACGGCAGCAGAAAGCGCGGACUGGCUUCAAGCUAUAUCAACCAACAUCAAUGAUUUAACCCACGAGAGCAUCAAAACGACAAACAAAUAUUCUUCUCCAGAAGACCAGAUCGUUGAUAUGGGUUGGGUGUGUGAGCAUCUCCAGGCGAGCGAUGUGGAGUCCGUCCACAGAUGCAGGUUCAUGGCGUUGAGAGCCGGUUCUCUGCUCAUCUUCAGGAGUCCUCCUGUCACGGCGUCAGAUUGGACAGAAGCUGUGGCUCGAUUUCACCUCUGUGAGGUUCUGUUUAAAUUUCAUAAGUUGUGGAUAGCUGAAGACUGCUGGAUCCACACACAGAAGUUUAGUUCAGGUGAACUGCGGGACAGUGAACCCUUCUGCUUCAGCGUUCAUGUGGGUCACGGUCAGAGUCUGUGUUUCAGCGUGGAGUUGGGUUCAGAUCUGGUGUUCUGGGAGAAAGCCUUUCAGAGAGCCAUGUUCACGGAGGUACAGAGAGUACAGUCUCAGAGUUACAUGUGCAGCAGUCAGGGGAAGAUUCUCUGCUUUACAAUCCACUUUCAGUCGGGAUUUUCCUGCUCUGACAACAUUUCAGCGAAAACCGUUUGGAAAUACAAAUUCUCCCAGCUGAAAGGUUCCUCGGAUGAUGGAAAAACACGAGUCAAACUAUUGUUCCAGAAUUCAGAAAAUAAACAGAUCGAAAUGAAGGAGUUGGAGUUCUCUAACCUGACGGCUGUCCUGCACUGCAUUCACGCGUUCAUCGCUGCUAAAGUGGCCACGGUGGAUCCGGUGUUCAUCAACAGUCAAAGCAUCACACAGAAAUACAUCAACAACAGCUAGAACAUCAUGAACCUUCACAGUCCCGUCUGGUUUAUGCACAAUAUCAAUGGAAAUAUCUAGUUCUUGUUAUUUUUGUAUGAAUCUUCUAAUCUCAGAAUGACGUAUCUUUGAAAGAUGAUGAUGUUUUGACAUGCAUCGACUUUUGAUUUCCUACCUACAGAUAUGACCAAUGACGUGUUGAAGUGAACUCGUAAGGAUUUUGUAGCAAAGCAAAUGUCCAGGCAUUAAUGCAUGCACUGUACGGCUAACCAAUCACAGGCCAAAACGGGUGAAACUUCAAGAGACUUCCAGCUGUAAUAUCAACCAAACUAUUCCUCUCUUCUCGCUCUUAUUCUUUCAAUGUUGCCCUUUUAUGUUUUGUCUAAACACUUCAAGUUAGCACACAACUGAAUGGCAAGUCGUAAAUAAUACUUUUAGUCGGUAUUGAAAGUUGUCUCAAUUGUAGCUGUUGAAUUGAGAAGUCUUGCCAUCUGCAGUUAUCAGACGAUUCAUUUUCCAUCCAAUUAUAUAAAAUAGUACCUGAUCUUUUCUUUUUGUUUAGUUUGGUGUUACUUCAAUUCUUUUUCAAAUAAAGGAAGCGUUCGUUCACUGCUGAGAAAC